GACAGCAGGCAGACGACUCGGAUGUGGUUCCCAUUUAUCUUUUAAGUACCUGGGAUUUUCAGCUUCUGUGUGUUUUCUCUCAUUCACACUUCUAAUGGGAGAUUCCUGCUGCUGCUGGAUCACAUCACAUCUGAGGGAAGCACCAGGGUCAGGAGGGAAAGAGGAGUGAAAGAGAGACAGAGGGAGAGAGAGUCAGAGGGAGUUUUGCUGCUGAAGUGAGAGCAGAGUUAGUAGGAAGCAGAAAAUGGGACCGGUCGCCACCUCGCUCGCUCUCCUGUGUUUAUAUUCUCUGGGAGUGUGUGUUCCUUCAGGGACAGCCAACGCUUCGCCGACACAGGCAUCCCCGCCAGAGGUGAAAAAGACGAGAGGGGACGUUCCUGAUAUUCUUCCAGAGCCUGAACCAGAGCCAACCAGCCCAGUGUCAGACUAUGAGAACUCAUACAACUAUGUCUUGUCCAGAUUAGCAGGUAUGGACCAGGCCAUCCACAAGCUGAAUGUUGGUCACUACACACUGGAUGUUAAAGUCAGCCAGUUGAUGGACCGUCUGAUCAGGAUGGAUGCUAAAGUUGGGGAGCUGGAGGACAACAUUCGGGAGGUCUACCAGCACAGCAAAGACAACCGCAAGGAGAUAGGAAGACUUGAAGCUUGCCAGAAGGGACACCGGAUGGGAUACAAAUGUUAUCUUGUGUACAAUAGCCAUGAGGACUACGCUGGAGCAUCCAGGAAGUGCAUGGAACGUGGUGGCCGCAUGGCAAUGCCCCGCGACCGCAGGGAGCAGGAGGCCCUCGCCGACUACGUCAAGUCGUUCUUCCACCCGGGGAACUGGCCCGUCUGGCUGGGCAUCAACGACCUGCGAUCUGAGGGCAUGUACCUCUUUGACGACGGGACGCGGGUCUCAUACUUUCAGUGGCGCAAACACUUCCUGUCCAGCCAGCCGGACGGAGGUAAACGGGAGAACUGCGUGGCGAUGUCGUCAGACGAUGGCGACUGGUGGGACCACUACUGCGAUCGGACCAUGAACUAUCUGUGCGAGUUUGAUGACAGGGUGGCACUUUAAAAGGAACUCUUUUCUAGAUUUAUUCUCUCACAACAUUGACAUCCAGAUCAUUAGAAAUAAAAAUCCAUUAUAUUUUCAAAUAACUUAUUGCCCCUUUAAAUGACACUUUAACGUAACUGGACUGGUUGUAUUCAAACGGUGAGGAAGUCUUAAAUUCUCCAUAUAAAACCUGAUGUGAUAAAUAUCAAGUAUAAUUUCAUUUCUGUAUGUAGCAUUGUUUAAACAGUGUCAGUAUAUUUUAGAUUUUCAAGGUGGAACAUACAUCCCCAAUGCGCACAAACUCAUAUAUUGCUAUUCAGGUUACUGAAUACAACUACAUCAACUUAUGUUAGUACCAUAAAUAUUAUGUUAUUCAUGCAGCUGCAGUGAUACGAAUGUAAACCAGUCAGGGCUCUGCUGUGAUUUCAUGCCUGGAAUUCUAAAUAUUUGUCCAAAGUUUCCAAAAAGGGAAAACAUGCAAAGCUGGAGGCCCUUUCUUGAGAAUCAGCACAUACUGAACCUCUUGAAGAUAUAAAUCAACAUGUGUUUGGGCUUCACAGGAAUUAGGCAAUGCUUCUCUGUUACUCCUGAACUCUGAAGAUAUUUUAACAAAGUCUGGUACCGGCUGGGACUGCCCUGCUAAACUGCUGAUUCUUCAACAUCUCUGACCAAUACAUUUUUAGAGCUGUAGUCGCACUCCUGAAUCUCCUUUCACACACCUAAAUGACACAUGAUUACUGUAUGUAAAUGUAUUCUGUCCUACAGUAUGUAAAACAUGAAAGUUGUACAUAAAAGGCUGAAUGUAAAUGUUUUUCAUAAAUCUUUACUAAAUGUU